UAGGCAUUAACCCCACUAGCCUUGGUCAUGGUAGGAACUAGGAACUCAUAUAUAAACUACUACUAAUAUACUAUUGACAGUUUGAAUUGCCAUUGCUGAAUAGAAGAAGCAAAGAAUUAAGAAAAUGGAUACAGAUGAAUCAAAAUAUGAUAGAAAGAGUGAGUUAAAAGCCUUUGAUGACACAAAAGCAGGUGUUAAAGGACUUGUUGAUGCAGGAGUUAGUAAAGUCCCUCAGAUUUUCAUUUCACCUCCAGAUACAACAAAGAACUCAAAUUCCAGCACAGAACAGUUCAUAUUUCCAGUCAUUAACCUCCAAGGCAUUAUUGAUGGUGAUCAAAUCAAGCGAAAGCAGGUCGUUGAAAAAGUACGCGAUGCAUCUGAGAGAUGGGGUUUCUUUCAAGUGAUCAAUCAUGGCAUUCCAUGUGAUGUCUUGGAAGAAAUGAUACGAGGUGUUCGUAGUUUCCAUGAGGAAGAUACUGAGAAUAAGAAACAAUGGUAUACUCGAGAGUUCACUAAAAAGGUUGUCUACAACAGCAAUUUUGAUUUAUAUAGUGCACCUGCAACUAAUUGGAGGGAUACUUUUUUCUGCAUUAUGGCUCCUAAUCCUCCUAGUCCUGAAGAACUGCCUCCAAUCUGUAGGGAUAUCGUUAUUAAGUACUCUGAGGAAGUGAAGAAACUGGGGAGUUCUCUGUUUGAAUUAUUGGCAGAAGCUCUUGGGCUGAAUAGAAACCAUCUCAGUGACAUGGAUUGUGACAAGGGACUUUCAGUAGUAUGCCACUACUAUCCAGCUUGUCCCGAACCAGAACUUACACUAGGUGCUAGUAAACAUGCUGAUGAUGGGUUCAUAACUCUGCUUCUCCAAGACCAUAUAGGGGGGCUGCAAGUUCUUCAUCAAAACCAUUGGGUUGAUGUCCCCCCGACCCCUGGUGCUCUUGUCGUAAAUAUUGCAGAUCUUCUGCAGCUAAUUUCAAAUGACAAGUUUAAAAGCAUGGAACAUCGCGUACUAGCCAAUCAUAUUGGUCCAAGGAUAUCAAUUGCAUGCUUCUUCUCUACAUUUUUCCUGGCAUCCUCAAGACUCUAUGGACCUAUUAAGGAGUUGCUGUCGGAAGACAAUCCCCCAAAGUACAGAGAAACAACAAUACAGGAAUAUGCUGCCUAUUUUACUGCAAAGGGGCUCGAUGGAACUUCUGCGCUACAUCAUUUUAGACUUUAAACUGUUAUAAUGAAAAUGGUACAGACAGCUGAAUGAACUAUCUUUUCGUUCUGCUUAUUCAAAGUGAAAAAUAUUGUAUUAUAAUACAUACAGAUAACCACUAUGUAUGCACUGUCUAUUAAUAUUUAAUACUUUCCUUGUUUUUUUUUUUUUGUUUAA